GGUAUACCCGAUCAUCGGAUGGGUGAAGAAGUGUGUGCUAGCGUAAUUCUUAAAAAAGGGGCUACGGUCACCGAAGCCGACAUAAAAGCGUACAGCAAAGGAAAGAUCGCCCAUUUCAAGAUUCCUAAACACAUAUUCAUCGAAAAGGACGCGUUCCCGAUGACGGCAUCGGGCAAAGUGCAGAAGUAUAGAUUAAGAGAAAUGGCGAUGCAACGGAUUUCCAGCCUUGUCUAGUUAUAAUAAUAUAAUACAAAUCUGUGAUGAAUUGURUUUUUAAUUAUUUUAUUGUAUUAUCAAUAUAGGUAUAGUUGUAUGUGUUCAAUGCCAUGGGGGUUGAUAAUUUUUGCGACUAUUACCCUGAGUUGUAUUUUAUCAUAAUAUUACUAUAUCGCAACUAUAUAGGAUGUCCCGCGAAAAUUUACCCAUUGAAAUAUCUCACGAAAUAAUGGAGAUAUCAAAAUUCUGGUUUUGUUAUAAGACUCACAGAGAUAAGAACUAAAAUCACU